AUGGACGAAAAUAAUUUAUUACAAAUACACAAAAAUAAUUAUUUAAUUACAUCGACAACAACCACAACAACUCAAUCCCCUUUAUUAUUUUUAUCAGAAGGAGAUCAACAACAACAACAACCUUUAGAUACUUGGCGUGUUCCUCCCUCACUUUUUGCUGUUUUUGCAUUCUUCUAUGCAGCUGUAUUUUUUGGAGGAUUUGUUGGAAAUAUGUUUGUUGUUGUUGCUAUUGCAACACAUAAAUCUUUGAGGACGGGGACUGAUUGGAUUUUUGUGGCAUCUUUGGCUGUAAAUUUUUGA